AACAUUUAUUCACAGAAGUAUAUCCAUUGCCGACAACUCAUACCUGUAUCCAUACAUACAAUCCAUAUUAAUCUCUCUCUUUUCUUCCUGUAAUCCUCCUAGAUCGGCGACAAACCAAUUCUUUUUUAUUCUCUACCUUCCACUCCUCCGUCCUCCGCCCUCCACCUAAAACCCUCAUAGACAUACAUACCUACCUAACAUACCUCCUACCUAUACAUAUACCUAUACCUAUAACACAUAAUGCUAUCUCGAAACCUCGUACGCGCGACGGCGCGAGCUGCCGGUGCUGCCAGCAGAGUCACCGCCCCUCGAGCCACCACUCUUCCUGCUAGCGCUGCCUUCCUUCACAACAACAACAACCCUCUCAACAAUGCCGACAACAAGGACAAGAAGCAUUCCUCGCCUCCUCCCGGUUCGUUCGCUCGUACAGACGAUAGUAUCACAGUCGAGUAUCCUGAGGAAGACGCCCUCCCUUCCUCUACUCCCGUCCAAGGUCGCGGCGGUUUCCACAUGAAGCGAACUCUCGCUUCUUUCUCGCUCGAGGGCAAAGUCGGUGUUGUGACCGGUGGUGCUCGAGGUCUCGGACUCGUAAUGGGCCAAGGCAUGGUUAUUAGCGGUGCCAAUUUGGCUAUUGUAGACAUGAACAAGGAAGAGGCCGAGCGCCAAGCCGUUGAGCUAGUUGAGGUAUUCCGAAAGGAAAACCCCGGCGCAACCAGAGUGCCCAAGGUCACUGCGCAUUACGCCGACGUGUCUGAUGCCGACUCGGUGCAAAGCUGCAUAGAUGGAAUCAUCAAAGAACACGGGAAGAUCGACCACCUCGUCACCAGCGCCGGCUUCACUGAGAACUACAAUGCCGUCGACUACCCGAUCGACCGCAUGCGCAAGCUUUGGAGCGUUAAUGUCGACGGCACAUACCUGUUUGCCAUCACCGUCGCCAAGCAUUUGAUGGAGCGCAAGAGCCCGGGUAGCAUGGUCUUCAUCGGAAGCAUGUCUGGCGCCAUCGUCAACGUGCCCCAGCCCCAGGCUCCAUACAACACCGCCAAGGCUGCUGUCCGACAUAUGGCUGCCUCUCUCGCUGUUGAGUGGGCGCACGCCGGUAUCCGCGUGAACUGCAUUUCGCCCGGUUACAUGCUAACAGCUCUCACCGAGAAGAUUCUCGAUGACAAGCCGGACCUGAAGAAGCAGUGGACCUCGCUUAUCCCUCAGGGUAAGAUGGGUCAGCCCGACGACUUGAUGGGCCCUGUCGCGUUCCUGCUAUCCGAUGCCAGCCAGUAUGUCACUGGCGCCGACCUCCGCGUUGACGGCGGUUACACGCUCACUUAAGCGGCGAAGUCCUUUUUCUUGGGCUUAUACGGAGCGAGCAUCUUGGGGCGAGAAGGAAAUAGAUGGUGAUUUUUCAAGGGAGUUCCGCGGGAUUUUUUCUUUUUUGAUGAGAAUAGAGGAAACCCUUUUGAUUCAGCCAGAUAAUUGACUGGAUAGGGAAAAAGAGACCACUCCACACCACCAAUAGUUGGUUUUUAUUCUUGUGGUUGUCUAGCCGGAUAACGAUUUGUUACCUGGGCUCGAACACGACAAGAUAAAACAGGACAAAAAUCAUAGGAACGCAAAACUGACAGCUUGCAUUUUUCGUGCGCCGUUAAUACAACAAAGGAAAACUGAUUGUGCCAUGCGUUUGGUUUGCUUGUGCUACUCGAUCUGUUGUCGAUAAAGCAUAUGUAGAUGUAGAUGUCGGAUGUUCGAAAUUCACUUGCUCUUCGAUUUUUUCAUUC